AUGCAAGCUUAUCAUUCAUUUGUUCCGAGUUAUCCUCCACCGGCAAUUCCAACACGCGAAUCGAUCAUUGCUGAAGGUUUGAAAGCAUUAGACCAAUCCAAAACUGAUCAACAAUGGUUAAAAUUUUGGCUCGAACGUAAAAUGGAACAGAAAAAAUCGACUUCAAAACUGAUGACAUUGUCGGAAUAUCGCCAAAAGUUAGGUGAUCAUGCUCGUCUUCUUCGACAAUAUAAAGAUGCAUUACACAAUUCUAAUCAUGGAGUUCUAUCUGAAUUAAAACAACAGAUCGAACAAUCGAAUCAUUUAAUUUAUAACCCGGAGCUGAUAAAAAGUAUUCAAGUGAAUAUCCGUCGACGAAAAUCCAAACGAGCACGCCUUCGUCGUCGAAAAGAAGAUCAAGUUGCAACUGAUACAAUCGAAACAUUCCCAACCAAUGAAAAAUCCCUCGAACAGAAAAUCCAAGACAUUGAACUACUUCUUCAAACUAUCGCAAAAGUGAAACAAUCCAAUCGUGACGAAGACAUUCUCGAUGAAUUAUCUGAACUCGGAACUCGUUGUACAACUAAAUUACAUGAAUACCAAACUGAACUGGCGAAACAAUGUCAUUGCAUGGACGUUGAUUUAUAUAAUUCUCUUUUCAAUAAUCAUGAUCGAUCAUUUUAUGAAUCAAUGAAUUCCGAUGCUCACGAUUUUCUCCGAGCUCAUCAGAAUGUAAAUGAUUUAGUAGAAAUUCGACAAGCAUGGGAUCGCUAUUCAACACCUCACUUUUCAUCCGUCGACAAUCUCAUUCCAUUGAAAUGGUAUGAACCUCAACCACCUUCUGAUGCAAAUUGGUCUCUAUAUACCAAAUAA